CCAUUUUGGCUCAGGACCAUGCGAAUUGAGGGAUGGAUGUCAGCACUGGUGAGCUUUGUGCCAUGGAGUUGCGUGGUAUUCUUCGCCAUCGGGCUGACCACUGCGGCCUGCAUCAUUGGAACACAACCCUUUGGGGAUGGCAAUGCCCUCUGGGUAGUGCGAGCAGAUCGGGGACGGGCGACGAUCGACACGGCAGGCAACGCUGGCGCACCUUGGCCGCGAGCCCAAGAGCCUCCGCUGCCAGAGGGGGCCUCGUCCGCCAGCGGUGGCGCGACCCAACGGCUGGACCUUGCCUCGCAGCAUCGGCCGCACGAGCGAACGAUGGCCUCCACGACAGUGUGGCUCUGGCAAGCCACUGAGGUCGCCACCAUCUCUCCUGCGAAGAUUACGAUGUUCAGGCCGCUGUUCUUUUCGCUGAGGUCCUCGCUCGAGGCGGCUGGGGCCACUGUGGUCGAGAAGUUCGGCGAGGACAGAGCGUGGCACUCCACGGAGGUCAGACCCGUCGCCCAGAACCGUGCGAGGAGGGCGAUGGUCGUCGUCACGACGUACCAGUGGACAUCCUGCAUGGGCAUGAAAGAGUUGGCAGACCUGGGUGUGUUCGUCGUGGCUUACCAAACCGAGCCGUUCACAGGAGUCAGGUCGAAGAAGCCCGAUAAUAAGCCCGAUGUGAGGUUCGUGGCGCAGUUCAUGUGUGGGUGCAAGGCUAGGGAAGUGUGGGAUUAUUCGAGAGCCAACCUUGCACAGUUUUCGAAGGAUGGACUUGUCUUGGAUUCGCUGAGUGUGGGCAGCGACGUAGUGGCUCGAUGGGUCCCGCCUGGGUACACCGCUCUUUUGGAAGGAAGUGCCGACUUGUGGAGCAAGACAAGAAAGGACGACAAGCUGGCUUUCCUUGGCAAGCUGAAAUCUCGACCCGACGGUGUCCUGAAUUCUCUCCACCAGACACCAUUUUGGAAAGGACGCGUACAUGAGGAGGGAAACGUUUGGAAUAUCCAGAAUUUGGGACGAUUUGUCAGCGAGUAUCCCAUGCAGCUGAUUCUGCACAAGAACCAGAUGUGCUGCCCUUCCGACAACGUUCUGGAAACGUUCCGGCUAGCCCAGCUGCUGCCGAACAAGGCGUGUGUGAUAUCUGCCGCCGUGCACCCUCUGGACGCCGACGGCUGGGGCGGCAUCGUGCACUUCUUCGGGAACAUGUCGGAGGCGGAGGCGGUAGUCAGCGGGCUGCGCAAGGAUGUGCGUGCGUGCCAGCGCCGCAGCUACGCCCUCUACAAGGCCAGGUUCGACUCGUCGAAGAUACUCGCUGAAUCUGGUUUUCUCGACAUGUGGAAUGGUGGCGCGCACUGA